UGUGUGUGUGUGUGUGUGUGUGUGUGUGUGUGUUAGAGAGAGAGAGAGAGAGAGAGAGAGAGAGGUGAGACCCAACAAAGCUGAAAAUCCGCAGGGCUUUGCUCCCUAGUUCUCUUCCUGUCUGCUUUCACUUUCACCAGACCCCAUGUCUCAUCUCAGUUUAUCCAGGAUGUGAGGUCUGAGAGGAUAACAGGAAGAACAUUCAGCUUCUUGAUUACGCUGGUGGACGUUCUGCUUCAUGGUUAUCCUGAUGGAAUGUCCACUGUGACUAUACUAUAUUUUAUAUAGUAUAUAUAUUUUAUAUAUGAGUCACAUGGCACGCAGCAUCUGAAUUCUAAUUCAAUUCUACUCUCCGUCAGAAGCUAUCAAGACCUGUAGAGACACAGGGACUCAGGGGACGUGUAUUUCAAUUCUUCUGCCUCUAGAUACAAUAUUGCAGCAUUUCAGGAAAAGCUCAGGGAAAGCCAUGGCCUCAAGCACAACUACCAAGAAGUUGAGGGAGGAAGCCACCUGCUGCAUCUGCCUGGAGCUGAUGACUGAGCCCGUGAGCAUCAACUGUGGGCACAGUUACUGCUGCCAGUGCAUAGUGGGCAUCAUUGAGAAGCAGUGCUUUAUGACAGCACAGAGGAGUUUCCAGUGUCCUCAGUGUCGAGCAACAUUUAAAAGGGAGAGCCUCCGGCCAAACAAGCAACUGCAAAACCUCAUUGAAGCCAUCAAGGAGACAGAGUGUGAGAAAUUGUGUGAGACACACAGAGAGCAGCUGCACCUGUUCUGUGAAAACGAUGAACAGCUCAUCUGCUGGCGCUGUGAGCGGGCAGAGCACAAAGGACACAGCACAGCUCUUGUGGAAGACAUCUACCAGAGCUUCAAGGAGAAGCUCGAGAAAACUGUGACAGUGCUGAAGGACACAAAAGAACAAUAUAAGAAUCUGAAGCUGUUAACAAGAAAACAAAUAACUGACUGGGAGGAAAAGACAGAGCGCAGGAAACAGCAAAUUCACGCUGACUUCAAAAAUCUCCACAUGUUUCUGUAUGAAGAGGAGAAGUCUUAUAUAUGGAAGCUUGAAAAGGUAAAAGAUCAGACUCUAGAGAACUUGCUGGACAGAGAAACCAAACAGGAGAAGCAGAUCCAGGAACUCAAGGACCGCAUUGUGGCACUGGAAAGGAAAUGUCAGGGCUCAGCCCAGAAUUUAUUGCAGGAUAUAAAAGACACCUUGAGCAGGAACUCAGCUAUCAACCUGGUAAAACCAAAGGAAGUGUUUUUGGAGCUGAAUACUGUGUGCAACGUCUCUGAGCUUUACUUUGAUGUGACAAAGAUGUUAAGGCGCUAUCAAGCCAAUGUGAUUCUAGAUCCAGAGACAGCUCAUCCUAAUUUAGUUCUCUCGAAGGACCAGAGACAAGUGACUCAUGGGUGUGUUCAGAAGAAGCCUGACAUUCCUGGGAGAUUUAGUGUCUUGCCCUGUGUCCUGGGCUGUGGGACCUUCACGUCGGGAAGACAUUACUUUGAAGUGGACGUGGGAGAAGGAACCCAGUGGGAUUUCGGAGUUUGUCUGGAAAAUGUGGAGAGGAAUGUUGACACGAUACAGGGACCACAGUCUGGAUUCUGGGCCAUCAGACUAAGCAAAGACAAAGGCUACGUAGCCCUCACCUCUCUCUUAACUCCCCUUCAUCUGAAGGAGCACCUUGAGGUUGUGGGGGUUUUCCUGGACUAUGAUGCUGGAUUUGUGUCCUUUUACAAUAUGAAUACUGGCUCCCACAUCUACACCUUCCCGAAGGCAUCUUUCUCUCAUGCUCUUCGGCCCUAUUUCCAGGUUUAUCAUCAUUCUCCUUUGUUCUUGCCUCCCCCAGAUAAGUAAGGAAAAAAGGCCAAAUUUUCCCUUUGGUCAAUUUCCAUUGAGAAUAUUAUGAAAAUACUGGGGUUGGAGGGUAGAAUAUUGGUCUGAUGUUUCAUAACCACUUCCAUGUUCUUACAACAGAAUUGAGCUUUCAGUAUAAAAUAUACAUACAUUGAAGUAAAUGGGUAUAAGUACUUUGAAAAUAAAAUACAUGGUGAGCAUGAACUGGGAGAAAACAAGGUAUCAUUUUGCAUUACAUCACAUAUUUUUCAUGCCUCAACCUCUCCUUAUUCUCAGGAGAGUGAGUUCAGAUCUUUGAUAUCCAAGACUCCUGGACUAAACAAAUUUGACCUGUUGCAGAUGACAGUGUGAAGUGGGGAGAAGAGAAGUGGUGACCUUAUGAGGGGAGUUUUGGGGGGAGGAUGGGCACUGGUGGAGGGAUGAGUACUUGAUCAUUGUAUAACUGAAACCCAAGCACAAAAAUUUAUAAGU